AUGCCGUUGGGAAUUAUCGACGUGACGCAUCAUGAGAGGUUGGCGGGGACGGAGAUGCUCAUCGGCGGCGACCGACCGAGCGUUGUCCAAGAUCUCGACCUUGAUACCAGCCAGCUCAAAACCGUGAUGCAUAGGGGUGUCGAGACAAUCCUGAUUCCGCAGCCUUCCGAAGAUGAUCCUAACGACCCUCUGCUCUGGCCAAGAUGGAAGAAAGAGACGGCAUUCUUCGUCUUGUUCGUCAACACCAUCAUCUUCGCAACUUUACCUGGUCCGGUAAUGGCACCCGCAACAUUUGCUCUGGCCGGCAUCUUGAACGUCCCCCUGACCAAGAUUGCCGUCUUGUCUGGCUAUCAGUUGCUCAUCGUCGCGGCCCUAGGCCCGUUCGUCUCGGUGCUAGCGCAGAAAUACGGCAAACGUCCGCAGUUCCUCUUCGCCUGCGCCACCGGCACCCUCGGCACCAUCAUCUGCAUGGUCGGGUCGAACCAGACAAAGUACGACACGCUGCUCGCCGGCCGCAUCGUGCAGGGCCUGGGGGUCACGGCGUGGGAGAGCCUGUCGCUGGCCGCGCUGGGGGACAUCUUCUACCUGCACGAGCGAGGGCUGCGGACCGCCAUCCUGGUGGCGACGCUGGCUUGCAUGGCCUCUCUGGUGGCCAUCAUCGGAGCGGUCAUGACCGAGCGCGUGGGGUGGCGGUACAUGUUCACCGCGUCCCUCCCCUUCGACAUCGCCGGCCUGCUGGCGACCAUGUUCCUCCUGCCAGAGACCCAAUACCUGCGCUCUUCCACCAUAGCGCGGCGUGCAGCUAGCCUCGCAGGCGUCUCAAAGGACCAGGAGAAGUCGGUGGAGAUGGACGAGGGCCAGCACCAGAAUGCAGAGGCCGCGAACCCGCGGGAUGCCCCUCCCCGGAAGACGUACCUGCAGAGCCUGGCCCCGUACUCGGGCACGGUCUACACCUCCAAGAACAUCCUCCACCUGCUGAGCGAGAUCUUCAUCCACCUCUCCAACCCGGCCGUCAUCUGGAUCCUGCUCGUCUCGGGCGUCCUCAUCUCCCUCUACGUCGUGACCGCCUACAUCACCUCCCAGAUCUGGUCCGUGCCGCCCUACAACCUCGGCGUCGCCGCCAACGGCUACUUCUACACGGGCGGCCUGGUCGGCGGCCUCUGCGCCAUCAUGGCCGGCCCCAUGUGCGACUGGUCGGCGCGGCAGCUGGCCAAGCGCAACGGCGGGCUCUUCGAGGCCGAGUUCCGCAUCCCCGUCAACAUUCUCGGCGUCGUCUUCGCGGCCCUGGGCUGGUUCCUGUUCAUGUGGGACGUGGAACACCCGCGCCCGGACGGGUACUACCUCGGGGCGUUCUGCCACGGCGCAAUCUGCUUUGCCAUCUCGGUCCCGUCGACGUCGGCGGGCCUGUACAUUCUUGACUCCUUCCCCAAACAGUCGACAGAGGUCUUUGUUCUCCAGAUGAUGCUCAAGAACUUCCUGUUCUACGGCUUUUCCACCUUCAUCAACACCUGGGCUGGACAGAAAGGAGCAGGCACUGUCUUCCGUACCUUCGGCAUUGUCUCUCUCUGUCUUCUUGCAACCUGCAUUCCUAUGUAUAUCUUUGGCAAGCUCAAUCGCAAGCUUAUGCACGAUGUACACCGUCGAUUUUGGAUCUUCAAGGCCCUAGCUUGA